AUGUUUGCGCGUUUCGGUCUGCCUAAACGGGUGGUAUCCGACAACGGACCGCCUUUCAGUUCACUCGAACUGAGGACAUAUUUUGAGCUAAAUGGCAUAAAACAAACCCUAACGCCGCCCUACCACCCAGCAAGCAACGGGGCAGCCGAAAAUGCUGUGCGAUCCGUAAAACGAGCCUUAAAAAAGGCAGUCGUUGAAAACGAAGACGCAGAAACUGCCUUGAGUAGAUUUUUGUUCAGUUAUCGCAACACGGAGCACAGCACAACCGGGCGAGAACCGGCGGUCGCGCUACUGGGGCGGCGGCUACGUGGACGCCUAGACCUGCUGCGCCCUGACGCUAGUGAGGUCGUGCGUGAGCAUCAGGUCGCCAGUGAGCAGCGCCGAGCCGCGCGUCUACGCCAGGCUACCGUUGGAGACCCGGUCAUGAUCAGAGAUUACAAGAAGCAGAAUAGAAAAUGGACGGAAGGAGUAGUUAUAGACCGUCAGAGCCCCGUAUCAUAUUCUGUCAAAACUGGAGAUGGCCAGGUACACAAACGGCACAUUGACCAAAUGUUACAGGACAAACGCAAGUCUCGGUUUUCUCUUACUCAAGUCCAAGAGCCUUUGGUGAACGAUGACGAGCAACGAGAAGUCAUUGAAAAAGAGAACACAGUAGAUGAAUGGCAGCUUGCAGAAGAGGAACUGAAGUCGCACUUGCCCCCUGUAAAAAGUCCAGUUCAAAAUGCCGACUGUAGAAUGGGGCCCUCCUCGCCGCAGGAGGUCAAAGGCCGAACUAGGCGACAGGCCGCUUUGCGUUGCAUAGAACAAUUACAAAAAACUAAAUGA